AUGUCGUGCGCCAUCUCCGGAGAUGAGGAAGAUGAAGAAGACGAGACUGAAAGGAAAUUAAAAUCGGAAUACUGUGCAAUCUUGGCGAGAAGAGAACACAUGAGCCGGUCCACGAGGCCGCAGGACUCGGCACAGGCAGGCGAGGAUUUCGCGCCAGGACCAGUAGAAAAUACCCUGAAGAAAAACCUCCGUCUGGUGGAAAAGGUUGUUGGCGGCGGCGGCGUCCUCCGUCAUCUCGAAAAACACCGCGCAGCAGUGGAGGAGAGAGACGUUGCCGACGAAUCUCGCUACCAGCUCGAACCCGAGGGGCCCGCCCGGGAAUCCAUUAAUCUCGAUCGCCGAGGUCGUGACCUGGGUUUUACUCUUCUCCCGUUUGAUUAUCUUCCUAAGUUUCUCGGAGAACUUGGACAGGAUUUUCUGCAAGCACGGAAAUGGAGGAAUUCAAUCAAGUAUCAGAAUUGCAUACUGUGGCAUAGAUACUGCUUGUUGCGGGCAUAUUUAAUGAUGAUUGAUGAGUACCUGGGAGAGGAAGAAAGUGUGUUGGCCAUUGACGGUUCAACUGACAUGGCGAGCUGCUUUGCAUUGAACGGAAGUACGAGUUUCGAAGCACUGCAGAGUUAUUGGGUGAGAUUAGAGUUGCUGGUCAAGAAAUUUGAUACAAACUUCGUUCACUGCGUUCGAAAGACAUCGUGA